AUGGAAGUUUGGAAUCAUACAGGUGUGAAAGAAUUCAUACUGGUUGGCUUAACAGAAAAUCCUAAUUGGCAGGUUCCUCUCUUUUUGCUUUUUUGCAUAAUUUAUUUUAUCAUUCUUUUUGGUAAUUGGGGGAUGAUCUUCCUGAUCUGGUUGCAUGCCCAACUUCAUACCCCAAUGUACUUCUUUCUUAGUAACCUCUCCUUCUGUGACAUCUGCUACUCUACUAUCAUUGCUCCUAAAACGAUCAUCAAUCUCCUAUCAGAACACAAGUCUACUAGGCUGUUUGCCUGUAUUCUGCAGAGUUUCUUUUUUGCAGUAUAUGUAACCACAGAAGUAGUCCUCCUGUCUAUGAUGGCUUAUGAUCGCUAUGUGGCAAUUGCAAACCCUUUAAUGUAUACAGUUAUUAUGACAAAGAGCAUCUGCACUCAAAUGGUUCUUGCAAGUUACUUGGCUGGUCUCAUAAAUUCCAUGAUUCACACAAUAGGUUUACUCAAACUAGAUUUCUGUGGUCCCAACAUUGUGAAUCACUUCUUCUGUGACGUUCCUCCUCUUUUGAAGCUUGCAUGCUCUGAUCCACACAUCAAUGAGAUGCUACUCUUGGUCUUCUCUGGUAUAAUUGCUAUUUCUACUUUCAUCAUCGUCAUGGUAUCCUAUAGCCACAUUAUCAUUGCCAUCCUGAGAAUCCGCUCCGCUGAGGGGAGACGCAAAGCCUUCUCAACUUGUGCCUCACACCUGACAGCUGUGGCAUUAUUUUAUGGAUCAGUGACAUUUAGCUAUAUCCAGCCAAGUUCUCAGUACUCCAUGGAACAGGAAAAAGUUUCUGCUGUGUUUUACACAUUGGUCAUCCCCAUGUUGAACCCUCUGAUUUACAGCCUGAGAAAUAAGGAUGUUAAAGAAGCAAUCCAGAAGUUGAUUUUUGGGAAGAGAAAUGCCUGUUGA